AUGUGUGGGCUCUUGGCAACAAUUCUUAUCAGCCCAAGGGAAGAGAACGUCGACAUCUACAUCGACAAUCUCACAGUCGUCAACAAUUUCAAGGAGUUGGUGCAGCAGCGGGAUUCAGCAACAGCAAGGCAGCGUUUGAGAUCUGCAGAUGCACAGUGGUGGGCGAUGGUGCAUUAUGCCUUCUUGCAACAAGGACAAGGUAUAUCUGUGCAUUGGGUACGAGGACAUGCUGGACACCGUGGCAACGAGGCUGCAGACACUGUUGCCAAGGCAGCACAUGGGAUCGAUACAGGACUAUGGAGGCUAGACGCAACGCAGCACCAUGAUUUGAAAUGCCACGCACAGUUUGCAACGCACAGUGCAGACCUGGACUUGAGGAGGAUACUGAAGUUGCAGUCCGCGGUACGGCACCAUUAUCAGUGGACAUUGCAGCAUCGAACGAGGACCUACAUCAAGGAUUGGCGGUCGGUAGCAUGGGCGCCCACGCUACGGAUCUUACACGAUAACAACCCGCCAAAGCGCUUAUACACCAGCCUGGAAGACUGUCGUUUACGUUCGCACAGGAUCAAGAAGCUGCAUGGAGAUUUGCCGACAUUGCAGGCGAUGAAGAAACGACAUCCAGAUAUCUACCAAACGGACAUAUGUCGUAGGUGUGAGAGGGAACCAGAGACGAACGAUCAUCUUUGGCGUUGUUCAGCUACCUUGUGCGACCAGCGACAAGAGUGGAGGGACGCGGUGGAGGAAGUGGAGUUGAAUGGAUAUCGUGCAUGGAGACAGGCAGUGCGAAAAUGGGAACAGGAGAGAGAGGAGGCCGAACGGAAGGACAAGCCCUUCACUGCGACUUGUCCCAACUUCUCGGCAACAGGAACGAAGGCUAUCUGGGAGUCAAUGCAGUGGAUUCAGGGGACGGCGGAAAGACGAGGGACAUAUCGGGUUGCAGAAGGAGAGGAGCCGGAGAGUGAGGCAGUUUGGGAGGUCAAGGACUUAUACCGAGGUUUGGUGCCAACGGGACUCAUUGAGACCUGGAAGCAGCUAUUUACCACCACUAAGUGGAUUGCGACGAUCAUGGUGACAAAGUUCGUGAGCAGGAUCGAAGAGUUUGGCAGGACCAAGAUAUGGAACAAACGAUGCGAGGACACUGUCGCCUGGGAAAAGUCAGUUGGAAUCACCUUCAUGAGCAAACGCGCCGGAGGACGCAACGGUGAUCGGGGACACCAACGUAGUGUUGGUGAUUUCUCUGAUUUGAAAGGGAGACGGUUACUUGCAACGGAGAUCCAGGAAGUGAUUCACAACGGCACAGAGCAGGUCAGUGCAGCAUUCGGAGUUGUCGUUUCUGUGGAUGGUGGUCCCUACACAACGGCGUUCGGUGGACGGGUCGGGGGAUACGCGUCGUCAACAAUUGCAGAGAUGUGUGGGCUCUUGGCAACAAUUCUUAUCAGCCCAAGGGAAGAGAACGUCGACAUCUACAUCGACAAUCUCACAGUCGUCAACAAUUUCAAGGAGUUGGUGCAGCAGCGGGAUUCAGCAACAGCAAGGCAGCGUUUGAGAUCUGCAGAUGCACAGUGGUGGGCGAUGGUGCAUUAUGCCUUCUUGCAACAAGGACAAGGUAUAUCUGUGCAUUGGGUACGAGGACAUGCUGGACACCGUGGCAACGAGGCUGCAGACACUGUUGCCAAGGCAGCACAUGGGAUCGAUACAGGACUAUGGAGGCUAGACGCAACGCAGCACCAUGAUUUGAAAUGCCACGCACAGUUUGCAACACACAGUGCAGACCUGGACUUGAGGAGGAUACUGAAGCUGCAGUCCGCGGUACGACACCAUUAUCAGUGGACAUUGCAGCAUCGAACGAGGACCUACAUCAAGGAUUGGCGGUCGGUAGCAUGGGCGCCCACGCUGCGGAUCUUACACGAUAACAACCCGCCAAAGCGCUUAUACACCAGCCUGGAAGACUGUCGUUUACGUUCGCACAGGAUCAAGAAGCUGCAUGGAGAUUUGCCGACAUUGCAGGCGAUGAAGAAACGACAUCCAGAUACCUACCAAACGGACAUAUGUCGUAGGUGUGAGAGGGAAUCAGAGACAAACGAUCAUCUUUGGCGUUGUUCAGCUACCUUGUGCGACCAGCGACAAGAGUGGAGGGACGCGGUGGAGGAAGUGGAGUUGAAUGGAUAUCGUGCAUGGAGACAGGCAGUGCGAAAAUGGGAACAGGAGAGAGAGGAGGCCGAACGGAAGGACAAGCCCUUCACUGCGACUUGUCCCAACUUCUCGGCAACAGGAACGAAGGCUAUCUGGGAGUCAAUGCAGUGGAUUCAGGGGACGGCGGAAAGACGAGGGACAUAUCGGGUUGCAGAAGGAGAGGAGCCGGAGAGUGAGGCAGUUUGGGAGGUCAAGGACUUAUACCGAGGUUUGGUGCCAACGGGACUCAUUGAGACCUGGAAGCAGCUAUUUACCACCACUAAGUGGAUUGCGACGAUCAUGGUGACAAAGUUCGUGAGCAGGAUCGAAGAGUUUGGCAGGACCAAGAUAUGGAACAAACGAUGCGAGGACACUGUCGCCUGGGAAAAGUCAGUUGGAAUCACCUUCAUGAGCAAACGCGCCGGAGGACGCAACGGUGAUCGGGGACACCAACGUAGUGUUGGUGAUUUCUCUGAUUUGAAAGGGAGACGGUUACUUGCAGCGGAGAUCCAGGAAGGUAGACAGGCCGCGAAUUAUAGGGAGACGUGUAUCGCGCAACAGGUCACGCAGGAGUUAGGUUAG